AAACUACAUAACUUAGCCUAGCUUGUGCAACUUAACAGAACUCUGCGAAAACAUGGGGCAACACACGUCGAGUCUCUUGAGCCAAUCUCUGCCUCCAAAGUCUCGCUUCACCGAGGACGACAUACCCGACCUCACAGGACGUGUCGCCAUCGUCACCGGCGGAAACACGGGUAUAGGUAAAGAAACCGUCCGUGCCCUCUUGUCUCACAAUGCGACAGUAUAUCUUGCCGCUCGCUCCGAAUCCAAGGCGAAGGAAGCUAUACGUGAUCUUUCCAUAAAGACGGGUGGGAAGGAGGCGAUAUUCCUGGAGUUGGAUUUGGCGGAGUUGGCGAGCGUGAAGAGGGCGGUCAAGGUCUUCAGCUCACGAGAAACGGAGCUUCACAUGCUCUUCAACAAUGGGGGUGUUAUGUGGCCCGAUGUCUCUUUGCUCACCAAGGACGGCUACGAUCUCCAAUGGGGCACGAACGUUAUAGGACAUUACCUCCUCACGAAGCUCCUCAUCCCAUCGCUCCAAGAAGGAGCAAAGUCAUCCCCAGAUAAGCACGCCCGCGUCGUGUUCACGUCAUCCUCCGCCGCAUAUUUCGAUACCAUCCACUGGGAUACAUUUAAGCCUUCGCAGGAGAGAGACAAGCUCGGGACGUACGGACUGUACGCUCAGAGUAAACAUGGAAAUGUAGUAAUCGCGAACGAGUUUGCGAGACGAUAUGCCAAGGAUGGGAUCGUCACGACUUCGUGCAAUCCGGGCAAUCUGAAGUCAGACCUCCAGAGGCAUCUCAACCCAAUCUCCCACUUCUUGCUCAACCUCAUACUCUACCCAGUCCAAUACGGUGCCCUCACGCAGCUAUGGGCCGCGACGUCUCCAGACACAGUGGAUCUGAACGGAAAAUUCCUCAUCCCAUGGGCACGUGUCGGCGAGUGUAGGGCGGAGGCCUACGACCCUGAAGUCGGACGGAGGCUGUGGGAGUAUUUGGAGGAGGAAACGAAGGUCCAGCAGGAGUGAUGUCCAGAUGAUGUUUUUAUGUGAUUCAUGUACGCAUUGCUUGUUUGUGCUGUCGGUAUCUCCCUGUAGGUAGUGGAUGCUUGGACGCAUUAAUUAUUCUC